UGCAAAGGUUUUUCAGGGAAGGACUCGGACACUGGGAAUUCUCGGGGAAGGACUUAUUAAUUAAUUGCCCUCUUCUCUCCGCUCAUAUAAAUACAUGCUGCCUUUCUCAUCAAAAUUUAUGCAACCCCAACCACCGCUUCAUUUUUCUUCUUCCCUUUUUUCCAUUAUUGCAGUACUACUAGCUAGUAUUCUUUUUCUUUGUUUUUGAUUCAGGAUGACCACCCUCACUGACCACCAUGGAGUUGAAUUGGAAGAGAAGAAGACCCCUGCUGAUGAAAAUGAAUUGAUGGUGGAUGCACGGGGAUUUGUGGAACCUGAUAACAACGCAUUUGGUCACACUUUUAGGGCUUAUGAUGUUGAAAGCACACGGCAGAAAAGUGUUGAGGAAUUCUACCGGAUUAAUCACAUUAACCAAACCUAUGACUUUGUGAAAAGGAUGAGACAAGAGUAUGGCAAAUUGAGCAGGGUGGAGAUGAGCAUUUGGGAAUGCUGUGAACUUCUUAAUGAAUUUGUGGAUGAGAGUGAUCCUGACUUGGAUGAACCUCAGAUUGAGCACUUGUUGCAAACGGCUGAAGCCAUCAGAAAAGACUAUCCCAAUGAAGACUGGUUGCACUUGACUGGCCUCAUCCAUGAUCUUGGAAAGGUUCUUCUCCAUCCUUCUUUUGGAGAGCUUCCUCAAUGGGCUGUUGUAGGGGACAUAUACCCUGUUGGAUGUGCCUUCGAUGAAUCCAUUGUCCAUCACAAGUAUUUCAAGGAAAACCCUGACUACAACAAUCCUUCUUAUAACACCAAGCUUGGAGUUUACACAGAAGGUUGUGGGCUCAACAAUGUACUGAUGUCAUGGGGGCAUGAUGACUACUUGUACUUGGUAGCUAAGGAGAAUAAGACCACUCUACCUUCAGCAGGUCUUUUCAUUAUCAGAUACCAUUCAUUUUAUGCCUUACAUAAGGCUGGGGCAUAUAAGUACUUGAUGAAUGAGGAAGAUAUUGAGAAUCUGAAGUGGCUCAAAAUAUUCACCAAGUAUGACCUUUACAGCAAGAGCAAAGUUCGGGUUGAUGUGGAGAAAGUUAAACCAUACUAUCUCUCUCUCAUUGAAAAGUACUUUCCUCCUAAGCUGAGAUGGUGAAAUCAGUAGUUCUCAAGUUGGAAGAAAAGAAAUUCAUGAAUCAUGAAGGUGAUGAAAUGGUAGCAGUUAAAUAAAUGGGAGAAAUCAGACUAUAUCUGAGAGCCUCCUCUUUUGUUUUUGAUUUUGUAUUUGUGGUGGCUGCAAAAGCUUUGAUACCAAAUUGUUGCACAGAACAAGGUCUCAAUUUCGGCUGUCACAAUUUUUUUUUUUCUUGUUUGCCCUCUCCCUUGAUUGGGUAGAGGUGUUUCUGCGUUUCAAAUGAUUUCAUUGAGAUUGUAAAUAAAAUAAGAUUGUACUGUUUCUACUUUA